CUUUCCUCUCCUCCUCCUCUUCUUCUUUCUAACCCUGGUCUCUCCCUUCCUUUCUCCCUCUCCUUAUAAAGCCAAAAGAAACCAUGUUUCAAGAGCCCCAACAAAUAAGCAUUCAAGACAACAAGUUCUCCUCUCUCAUGCUCUCCAAGGAGAACUUCGAGAGCAACUCCUCCUUAAGAUUCUACUAUGCUGUCUCCGCCAUAGCCGUGCCCUUCACAUGGGAAUCUCGACCCGGCUUGCCGAAGAACACCAUAACCACGACCACCAUCCCACCGUUAACUCCUCCUCCUUCAUUCUACUCCAUCUCCUCAAACAAAAAGAUAGUUAGCAGUACAAGAUCCCAUAAGAGCAAAAGCAUUAAGCUAACAAAGCAAGUUUUUUCUUCGUCUUCUUCUUCGUCAUGGUCAUCUUCUAACUCUCUGGAGUUGAAGGGAGAAGCGAGGAGGGGUUUCUACUCCAUGGCUAUGAUUAAAAAUGUGUUGUUAGAGAUUGCUACUUGUUCAAAGUUCUAGUAUAUGUAGCGAAUCUUAUGUGAGGUAUGUUAUAUGAUAGUUAUGUUUUAUCCGGUAUUAUAUAUUAUAUAAAAAAAAUAUUAUGUUAUAGAUAUUUUGUGCGUCAUAGUAUAUGGUGACCUUGGGAUGACUUUUCAUGGUUGAGAGGGUUGGAUUUGUGAUGAGCAUCUUCUGCCUUUUAGUUACUUCAGUCUUAUA